AAAAGCAAAAAAAAGAAAAAGAAAAAAGAUCGCUUCCAGCUCAGACUAUUCCUGUCUUCUUCCCGCUAUACGUUAAGGUUCAUUCCUUCAGCUCCUCUCCAUCCCACCUCCUCCCCUGUCCGCAGUAGUGAUGAGACCACCAGAGGGGCCAGAGGCAAAACUGUACAGUCCCGAGAGCUGUCUUCAGGUCCCCGUCUGCUUCAGGUGACAUUUUCCGCCUGGCUCUCGACAUCUCCAGGCACUUAAGACCCUCAUUCUGAAAGCAGAGCCCAAAUGGAGCAAUAGGGAAACCAACAGAACCAAUGGUGGGGUUUCCCUUUUGCCCAGAGAAACCGGAAAGAGAAUCUCUCGGAGACACCAGGUCAUCCUUCAGAUCACAGCUUCAUGCGUCCACACCCAAGUUAGAGUUCAGGGAGCGCCAGCUGAUGUGCGGGAAAGGAGGCACCGGGCUGGGGAGGGGGAGCGGCCCCGGCUUGCGUGGAGAGCAGGAGCAAGCAGGUCUGAAGCAGAAAACCCCACGGGAGACGAGCCUAAAGGGAGGCUAACGCCUCCAAACGUCACCAACUUCUCCUCCUACUGGAUCCUCACUUGAGACGGAGCUGAGCAGUCAUGCCAGGGCACGCCGCCACGCGCAGGGCAAAGAGCACCCAAACGGCAGCGCAGAGCGCUGGGUGCCAUCCAAGCUCGGCCGCUUACCAGCCGCGUCACUUUGGCCCAAUCACGUCCCCUCCCUGACCUUCGGCUUCCUCAUCUGCGAAAUGGAGGGACUGGCCGAGAGUCUGGAUCCUCAAUGAUCUUAAAAAUCUCUUUCCAGUCACUCUUUUGCUUCCUUCCUAACAAGUUAGCUCCCAGGUCAAGUCGAGGACUCUUCAGGGCCUAGAAGGCUCUCCUCCAUCCACAGAGCUUCAUCCUCUGUGCCCGUCUUAAAGAGGAAGCCAAGGAGCUCAGAGAGAGGAACGCAAUUCCCAGGGAUGCCAGCUGCCAAUCCCCGACGGGGCACCCGUAGCCAGGUCAUGGAGAACCAAGCUGUCUCUUGAUCAGCUCUCUGCCUCUCCUGCCCCAAGAGGAUGCCCUCACCCCCAUCUCAACCCAGCACCUAAAGACAGGCGACUAUGGCCGCUUGGCUUCUCCCAUGAGAACCGCACACACGCAGGUCUAUCCAGACAGGCGCUGGAAGGAAGGUCUGAGGAAUGAAUGGUUUUAUGAACCUUAACCGCUCUCACUGACCCCCGCCUCAGAGCCCCCCCGGCCCCCCCACUUUCCACACAGAGUCUGCCCCAGGCUAGACCACCCUAGGAAAAGUGAACAAGUCGCCUGAUUUGGCCUUCAGUUUAUCGAGGCCAGAAUAUGAAAGGCAACUCAGUCCUGGGGGCUCGAGGGCAUCUUAACCUGGGAGGAAAAGUCCGCAGCUUCCUCUGUCUUGUGAUUUGAGGGGCUCUAGAGAGCCCCCCAAACGCCUCUCCCGCCAGCCUAUCCAAUCUUGCAUGAUGUCACCGAGUGGAUUUGUGGGAUCUUCAUGGGAGGUUAGAGCUGAUCCGGACCGUGCAAGAUUACACACUCAAACCCGCCACUGUAUAGAGAAAGACAGAAGCCGAGACCCAGAAAAAGGAAGUCACAGGCCCAAAGUCAUACAAGUGGCAGCCGAACCAAGACAGCUCUUGGGUUUUCACGUCUGUCACUGGAAAAUGAAGGAGGUUAGAUUCGACGGACUCUGAAAGCCCAGCCAGCCGCGCCCUUACACAGAUAAAACCAUCACCACAUCUGUGGAAUGUUCUAGGGCCAGGCACUGCAUAAUUUUCUUCUUUAAUUUUUACAGCAAAGCUAUGAUAGUGUUGAAGCCGUGCCUGUAUUUAUACCCAGUCUAUCCAAAUAGGUUGAUUUGUAACAUAGUCUAUUUCUACAUAAAAUAUCAACGCAACUGCUGGAAGCCAUUCUGCUACUCGCAUCAUUUCCUUGGGUCUCAGGCCCUUUCAGCCUUGUAGGUGCUCCUGAGGCCAGUACCCUGGGGAGAGAGAAUGUUUUAGACUGCAGGGUUAGCUGGGCCCUGAGCAGCGUCCACACAUUGAACUGAGGUUUCUUAUGAAGUCACCCGGUGGAGGCAUUGCAGGUCUGGAGUUCAGGACAACAAUCAGAUGCCCCUUGGCCAUGGCACAGUUCCUAUAACCACAACCCUAGGCUGGCCCGAUCCAGCUGCUGCAGGAAGAGGAGGGAGAGCCCAGAGGAUCAGCACCCACAGCAAAGCUAUUGCACAACCCUUGGGGCUUGGCCUUGGGCGAUCCACCCUAGUUCUAAAGUUUUUUCUGUGUCUGAUUCCUUCCUCUUCUGUUCCCUCGCCUCUUCUCAAGCUCUGGGCUGUCCCAGCUCCCAAAGUCAACACCGAGACCCCGGGUGUGUCCAGGGACAUCCUGACAAGGCCGAGGGGCUGAGGAGCCCUAGGGUGUUCCCAGGGAGAUUCCCGAAGCUGACUAGGAGCCAGUACAUUUGCCUGCUGUUUGAGCGUCCUCUGAUCCUUCCCCGCCUUCCCCCCUGUUGCCAUGGAGACCACGAAUGGGACCGAGACCUGGUAUGAGAGCCUGCACGCUGUGCUGAAGGCUCUCAAUGCCACUCUUCACAGCAACUUGCUCUGCCGGCCGGGACCAGACCACCUGACUGAGGAGCGGCGGGCCGGCCUACCUGGGCGGGAUGACAACUCCUACAUGUACAUUCUCUUUGUCAUGUUCCUCUUUGCUGCCACCGUGGGCAGCCUCAUCCUGGGGUACACCCGCUCCCGCAAAGUGGACAAGCGCAGCGACCCCUAUCAUGUCUACAUCAAGAACCGCGUGUCUAUGAUCUGAUGCUAGGAGGCCGGGGAAGCACGAGACCGGAGGAUUCCCUUCUGUGGCCUCCAGAACUCAGCUGUGGGCCACAUCGGGCCUCAGUGUCCUCAUCUGUAAGAUCGACAAGAAGCAGUGCUAAGGGAAGUCGACAGUGGGGUCGGAGGAGAGGGUCUGGCAUAUUUGGGCCCUGCGGAUAAGGAUUUUGUCUAGCAAAGAUCGACUUUAUAGACAGUGGAAGCCCUAUGAACAAAUAUAUAGAAGUAGCAGCAUAUGAGUCACCAGUGAGUCAUCUAGUGGCUGGAGUAUUGGGGGCUGGGCUGGAGGAAGGAGAAGAGGAAGUGGUAGCAGAGGGAAAUGAGAUGGAAGAUGCCCAGAGGACACAUUUUUUGAUGUGUUACCUUUAACGACCGUGAGAAGCAGCAGCAACUAUCCCAUAUGCCAGACAGGAAAUCUAAGUUAUUUGUAUUUGUUCAUAUUUGAUGUUUUUCAGCCCAUUUGACAUUUGUGAUUUUACUCCCUGUGAGGGAAGCAGAGCAAGGGCCGUUCUGCCCAUGUGGGCCAGGGCAGUGCCAUGACGAGAACCCAGUCUCCUUGCCUUGUGUUUUUCAAAGCUCUGCCACCAGGCGCGGGUCUAGGCCUGAAACCUAUGCAAUUCUGAGUGCCUUCCUUAAGAGAAAGAAUUCAAAAAUACCUUACGUUUGCAAAUAUUGCAAAAACACAUCACCAUGUUAAUACAUUGUUCGGGCCCCUCCUAAGACCUUCAGAAGGAGUCAUGUGAGCACAGGGCCCUGAAUGUUAAGGCUCAGCUCCACCGUUCCAGUGUCUCUCCAGCCACGUCCCACUGCCCUUCCAGCCACAUCUCCAGUCCUGGGGACUCCACUACCUCUAAGGAAGCGUCUAACAUGUUGGCUGAAUUGGUGCGAGAUUUUCUGACACCAAGUUAAAAUCUGCUUCUGGAAGAUUAGUAUCACACCGAGACGAUUAUCAUAUUCAAAGAAGCAGAGCGUGAAAAGGCAGGUACCUGAUUCAGUGGAAAGAGAAGCAGCCCCGAUUCUCCCACGAGCGUGGUGUAUGAACUGGCUAGACCCUUCUCUUUCUCCUGUCCUGCAUCAGCACUGUGAAAUAGAAAGUUGAAAUAGCUGAACAUCCCUAAGGGCUCAGCCAGAUCUGACUUUCUGGGCUUCCCGUACAUUGAGUUGAACCACAUAAAACUGCUGUGCUUAUAGGUCAAAAACAGCUAUCAGUAGUUUCCCAUCGUUCAAUACAUGAAAUGUGGCAGGUGAAUACUUUACAAACUCCAAGCCCCAGGCUGGAACCUCCCACCAUUCUGCUUGAUUUCUAUAUUUAAGGGGGUUCUACGGGGUCUCCAUAGGGCCCUAUGGGAACACAUAUUUGUGUGGAGCAAAAACUCUGAAAGAAUAUUUUGAAAGCACUUACCUCUCAAGAGAAGGAUUAUGGGUGAUUUUUCCCUUUCUACUUUAAAAAUUUAUGUAAUAUUUGAUUUAUGUGACCAUAGAUAUGUUUCUUCUAUAAUAAGGGCGGGAAAGCUACUUCUAUCUUGAAAAAAUAAACAUAAAUGCUUGUG